GAUUCGAUCUGUCAGUCUUCGGCCGGGCGUUGUUGUGUUGUUUGUGUCAGAUCUGUCAGGAUUUAAAUUAAAAAUCUUGACGAUCAAAUAUUUUUUUGUGUUUUAUGAUACUUGUGUUUAGUGUUUUGGACGCAGUUCUAUUUUAUAAGAAUAUUUUAGGUAUUGUGUUUAGUUAUUAUCUAUGUAUUGGAUUUUUUGAAACUAUUUGUGUACACAUGUGAUCAAAUCAAUAGAAUAAUUUGCGAGUUUAUCUGCAUUUCUGAGGAUUUUUGAACGAUGAAUCAGCCGUAACUUGCCGGAGCAGUAUCUCCAAACGGCCAUCAUGGAGGAGCGGGAGGUGGAGGGCCCGGGCGUGCCCGACAUGACGAUGAUGCCCCAGAUCACCGAAGACGCCAUAAACGACAACCUCAAACGCCGCUACAAACACGACCUUGUAUAUACAUACACAGGUUCAAUUCUAGUCGCAGUGAAUCCCUACAAGGAGCUGGGAUGUUACACAACGGAGCACAUGCAAGAAUUUCGAGGUAAAGCCUUUGGGAACCUGCCGCCGCACGUAUUUGCUUUAGCGGAGUCCGCCUAUAGCUCGCUACGGAAUGGUGAAAAAAAUCAGUCGGUAGUGAUUUCGGGGGAAAGCGGUGCUGGCAAGACGGAGACGACGAAAUUGAUACUGCAGUACCUUUGCGCUGCUGGCGGCCAGGCCACGUGGGCGGAACAGCAGAUUCUUGAAGCCAACACAGUUUUGGAAGCAUUUGGCAAUGCAAAAACAGUCCGCAAUGACAAUUCAUCUCGCUUCGGAAAAUUCGUGGAGGUGCGGCUCGACAACCGAGGAGGCAUUCGCGGUGCAGUGCUCCGUGAUUUCCUCUUGGAACGGGCUAGGAUCACCGGUCCUUCGCCAAGAGAGACCAACUACCAUGUGUUCUAUCAGCUGGUUGAGGGAGCUAAGCAUAACGCCGAACUACGCACAGCCCUCCGUCUCCGCGACGGAGUUCAGUUCAAAUACCUUCGCCCGGAAGACGAGGACGCUCGUAAAGGCUUGGGCGGCGAGCAAGGAAAGCUGGAGGCACUGCAACUGGCAUUGACGGUUCUACAAGUACCGCUGCAGAUGUGCGAAGGACUGUUCAAAGUGCUGGCAGCGGUGCUGUGGCUUGGGAAUAUACAGUUUCAGGAUGUGGACGGAGAACGCAGCGCCCUGGCACCAGAAGAUGCAGAAGCAGUAGACGCUGUCGCGAACCUAUUGGGCCUAGCGCAGCCUACCGCCCACAAGGUGCUCCUGGAGCGACAGAUCAACGUGCGGGGCAACGUUACCGACAUUCCGCUGAGGUUACAUGAGGCCCGAGAAAAUCGACACGCAAUGGCGCGAGCGCUGUACUCGCGAACAUUCGCGUGGCUGGUCCGCCACGUGAACAGCUGCUCGGCGCCGGGCCGCGAGGCGCCGCGCUCGCUCGGCGUGCUCGACAUAUUCGGCUUCGAGAACUUCGCCUGCAACUCGCUUGAACAGCUCUGCAUCAACUACGCCAAUGAGAAGCUGCAUAUGUUCUUUAAUAACUACGUCUUCGCGUUGGAACAAGAAAUUUAUCGUCAAGAAGGCAUUGUGUACAACCAAAUCCAGUUCACGGACAACGCGGCAUGCCUCGAGUUGCUCGAGAAACCGCCGCGCAGUUUGCUCAAACUGCUAAGUGAACAAUGCCAUAUGCCCAAAGGCUCAGAUGGCGCGUACCUGACUAAUAUCCAGGGUGAAUUCGGCGAGCACCAGAGCUUUGUGAAGGGUUCUAGACGCAAAUGGGAGGAAGAAUUUGGUGUUCAGCAUUAUGCGGGCACGGUAUGCUACAGCGUGCAAGGCUUCGUAGACAAGAAUAGAGACACGCAACAGGACGCGUUUAUAGACCACUUGAGCAGAUCAGCCAACCCCUUCGUCAGAGAAUUAGCCGAUUACGUCCAGGAUUUGGCGCCUCCUGGACAGGAUCUAUCGCUUUCAAGUCCAAGCUCAAUGGGUACAACACAGCGAGGGACAUCCAAAGGUCGGCCGACCGUCGUCGACACGUUCAGAGCACAACUGCAGUCGCUGGUUGAUAUGCUACAAGCCACCGACGUGUGGUACGUCCGUUGCAUAAAACCGAACGAGAACAAAGAGGCGGGCACAUACAACGACCAGCUCGUGCUAGAACAGCUGCGCUACCUGGGAAUGAACGAGAUCGUGCGCAUCCGUCGCGACGGGUACCCGGUGCACCUGCCCACGGCCGCCUUCCAGGCGCGCUACCGCUGCCUGCUGCCGCACCCGCGCCGCCAGCCCGACGUGGCAACUGUUAUGUCAAUUCUGAACGCGCCGCAAGGCGACUGGCAAAUCGGUCACACGAAAAUAUUCAUGAGAAGUUCGGUCCAUUUGCCUCUGGAAGCCAAACGGACACAUUUACUUCAGUCUUCAGCGUUACGGAUACAAAGAUGGUACAAGGGGUCCGUGAAGCGCCGCCAAUAUGUCCAAUGGCGGAACGCCGUGAUCGUACUCCAAGCGGCGUGGCGCGGAUGGAAGGAACGAGCCGCGUUCCUCCGACUACGCCGCGCCACUUUAACGCUGCAGCGGCACUUGAGAGGCGCUUUCGCGAGGGAAGUCGCCACUGCGCUGAGAGAGAUGAAGCGAGUCAACCAGGAGAUCAAACUGAGGGAGGAGAGAAACAGCCUCGCAGAGAAAGCGAACCAGGAGCGAGUCGAGCUCGAAAACAUGGCUGACCAGCUGCGCGGUCUGGCCAACCCGAGCGGACGCGUGGACUCCGUCAACCUGGACAACCUGUUCGACUUCCUGGCCGACGUGCCGGCGCAGCGCGGCGCGCCCGACGGCCAGCCCGCGCACCAGCCCAGCAUCGCCGAGAUCGGCGACUCCAUGGAGCGGCUGGCCGAGGACCUGCACCAGGAGCUGGAACAUGUGUUGGCUGCCGAAAUGAACGAGCUAAGCAAAUCCACGACCGAAGCCCAGCGCAAACCAGACGGCGCGCCAUCAGACGCUAUACCACCUCCACCGCCCUCUUCCCUUCCCCUCACGUCCAUCCUUCAACCAUCCACUCCCGCAUCCAGCACCCCAAUGAACGGCACCAACGUGAUGACUGCCUCUAUGAACGGAACAUCUAACGCGAUGACGUCAUCAAUGAACGGGCUCAUGUCGACGUCGCUAAACGGCGUGAUGACGUCAUCGAGCGGAAGCGACGUGUUGUCGGCGAGCCUGCCGCCGCCGCCGCCGCCGGCCGAGCCGGUGCCGGAGUCGCCGGUGUUCCCGCCGCCGCCGGUGUGCACGCUGCCCGAGCCGGCUGGACCACCGCCGCCGCCGCCACCUGGAGGUAAAGACACAACUCCGCCGGAACUCACAAACGGCGUAAUACCGAACGGGAAGCUGUCGGUACUGAACGGCAAAGAACCAAUAUACGAGGCGGUCAUACCACGACCGAACGCCGAGCCCGAGCCAGCGCCGCCGCCACCUGUGCUCCCACCAGAAAAUGGUUACUCAACGCGAGAGCCUGAACUUGAUCCCGCGGCCCCACUGCCGCCGCUCCCCGUUCAGAAGACGCCCCAGCCCAAACCGCCGAACAUCAUGACGAGCAGCGUGACCUCGCAGAAACUCCCGCCCUCGAUGACGAGCAGCAUGACGUCACGCAAGUCGGCCACGCCGCCGCCCGUGCCCAUGGACACGUGCAUGAGCCCGCCGAACAUGAUGAACGGGGAUACUAAUAGCACAGAACGCAACGCGCGUCGCAAAGAGCGCGUGGAGCGUCGCCUCCACCAGAUGGAGGCCGCCGCCAGCCCGCCCGCCUCGGCGGCGCCCCCCGCCACCCCGCCCGCGGACGCCACCAACGACCUCAGCGAGUUCGCUAAGUUGUACUUCAAUGACCACCCCAGGUCGCCUGAAGGUACAAUAAUAGCAACGCUCACACGCAAGAGCAAAUCCAUGGAGCUGCUAACCAAAGAGGAAAUGAUAACGUAUCACAAAGGAAACAACAUUCCCACCUCACACAUACAACUGCACGACCCGGACAGUGUCACGGCUGCCGUCAAUAUAUUCCGUGAUUUGUGUCGGUAUAUGAGAGGAGAGCUGACCGCGGAUAAGGAGACACAAGUGAUCCAAGCUUUGAUUGGCAAGGGGUUAGAACGGGAAGAGUUGAGGGACGAAAUAUUGGUGCAAUGUGUCAGACAGAUCACCGAAUGUCCCGUCGAAGAAUGGGCCGAGCGAGUGUGGCUGAUCCUCUGCCUGUGCGCCGUUGCUUGGCAACCGUCUCGCGGUCUCUCGCGUUACUACUGCGCGUGGCUGCGGCAGCGAGCGCGAGUGCCCCCUUCAGCGCCUGCGGCUCGGGCGGCGCAUUGUGCGCAGUGGUGUCUUGACAACUGUCGAGGCGCCGCGCCGAGGUUGCUGCCGCCUAGCACUGUUGAGAUCGCGGCGAUGCGACGACUCGGCACGAUAGUCUGCCGCUUCUUCUUCCUCGACGGCCGCACUAAAGCCAUAGACGUGCACCCGGCCGAUACCGCAGCAGCGGCAGCCGCUCGACUCGCUGACAAACUGGGCCUAUCGCCGCAUUCAAGAGCUGGCUGGGCCGUGUACCAGCAGCGAGGGAAUCGGGAGGAGCAUGUGCGCGCCACGCACUAUCUAUACGAUGUCAUCGCGGCUUGGGAAAUGCAACAAGGCCCCGGCGGCGGUUCUGCAGACAACCGCUUCGUGUUCAAGCGGCGGCUGUUCCGCGGCGGCCGCGAGCUGCCGCACGACCCCGUCGAGGUGGCCCUGCUUUACGCUCAGGCCGUGCAUAGUGUCGUUAAGAUGGACGAGUUCCCAGUAUCAGAGAAGGUAGCCCUGCAGCUAGCAGGGCUCCAGGCGCAAGUGUCGCUGGGCGAGCCGCCGCCGAGCCCGCCGCCGCCGCACACGCGCGCCUACUACGCGCACCCCGACCAGUUCCUGCCGCAGCGAGUGGCGCGCGCCCGGCCGCAGCACCAGUGGGUGAGUGUCGGAGGUGGCCUGCAGCCAGCAGGGCUCCAGGUGCAAGUGUCGCUGGGCGAGCCGCCGCCGAGCCCGCCGCCGCCGCACACGCGCGCCUACUACGCGCACCCCGACCAGUUCCUGCCGCAGCGAGUGGCGCGCGCCCGGCCGCAGCACCAGUGGGUGAGUGUCGGAGGUGGCCUGCAGCCAGCAGGGCUCCAGGCGCAAGUGUCGCUGGGCGAGCCGCCGCCGAGCCCGCCGCCGCCGCACACGCGCGCCUACUACGCGCACCCCGACCAGUUCCUGCCGCAGCGCGUGGCGCGCGCCCGGCCGCAGCACCAGUGGGUGAGUGUCGGAGGUGGCCUGCAGCCAGCAGGGCUCCAGGCGCAAGUGUCGCUGGGCGAGCCUCCGCCGAGCCCGCCGCCGCCGCACACGCGCGCCUACUACGCGCACCCCGACCAGUUCCUGCCGCAGCGCGUGGCGCGCGCCCGGCCGCAGCACCAGUGGGUGAGUGUCGGAGGUGGCCUGCAGCCAGCAGGGCUCCAGGUGCAAGUGUCGCUGGGCGAGCCGCCGCCGAGCCCGCCGCCGCCGCACACGCGCGCCUACUACGCGCACCCCGACCAGUUCCUGCCGCAGCGAGUGGCGCGCGCCCGGCCGCAGCACCAGUGGGUGAGUGUCGGAGGUGGCCUGCAGCCAGCAGGGCUCCAGGCGCAAGUGUCGCUGGGCGAGCCGCCGCCGAGCCCGCCGCCGCCGCACACGCGCGCCUACUACGCGCACCCCGACCAGUUCCUGCCGCAGCGCGUGGCGCGCGCCCGGCCGCAGCACCAGUGGGCCACAAUUCUGGCUCAAGCGCACCGGCAGUUCGGCGCCGGGCGCGCGGAGCUGACGGCCAAGGCUCUGUACUUGUCCUGCGUUAUGCAGUACCCUCUCUACGGGGUCACUCUCUUCCCUGUCACGUACAAAGGAUACUGGGCGCAUGGUCCCAACGUACUCCUCGGAGUGGGAGCUGAAGGUGUCGUCCUAGUUCGUCCGUCGGACAAAGUCGCGCUCGCCGAGUACCCGUAUAGCAACAUCGCGGCGCUCGUCAUGGACCCCGUCGACAACGGGCUCACCAUCAGCCUCACGCACCACGGCCAGCACGACGGACACCGGUGCAUAGUCCUGGAGUCGAGCCAGAAGAACGAGGCGGCGUGGCUGAUGGCGGCGUACAGCCCGGUGCUGGGCAACGGGCUGGCGGACGAGCCGCCGCGCCGCGCCGCGCCGGCGCCCGAGCGCGCGCGCCUGGCCGCCGCGCUGCGCAGCGCCCGCCGCGCGCUCGUCGACUCCGGCCUGCUGCGCCGCCCCGCCGACCUCUCCGCCGGGAACUUCCUGAGAAAUACGCUUAGGAGACUAAGUAAGCACCGACUGGAACGUGUACGGCUAGACAUGGCCGCGGAGACGCAGGGCGAGUGCUACAAGGGCUUCCCGGCCGGCUACUGGUGCUGGUCGCGCACCCUCCCGCACAGCCUCACCAAGCUCAACGAGGCCGAGGAGGUGGCCGCCAUGCAGAUAUUCAAGGAUAUAAUGAGCCACGCAGGCCUGAACACCAACGAGGGCAGCACCACCAACCUGGCCAACAACAACAGCGUCAGCAGCCAGGAGAGCGACAGCGACGACCGCGUGGCGCUGGCUCAGUCGCUGCUGCAGCGCUGCCUGCAGAAGGACACGCUGCUCAGCGAGCUGUAUGUGCAGCUCAUCAAGCAGACGACCGACCACCCCGAGCCGUCGUCGCGCGUGUCGGCGCGGCACUGGGCGCUGCUGUGCGCGGCGGUGGGCGCCGCGCUGCCGCCCACCAAGCCGGUGCGGCGCCUGCUGCUGGCGCACCUGCGCUACCGCGGCACCGCGCUGCACGCCGGCGAGGAGGGCAAGUUCGCACGCCGCGCCGAGCAGGUGGCGCUAAGCAUAGCGCAAGUGCCUCGUCGCGCGACCGCUCCAUCCAAAGAAGAGUUACUGUGCGCGGCGGCUCGGAGGCCACUACACGUGCGGGUACUGCUGCUGGAUGGGAAGCAGCUGGGGCUCGUGUUCGGGCCGGCCGCCACCGCCGACCACCUCGUGGCCAUGCUGCGCGACAAGAUCGGCCUCAGUGAAGCCGCUACAGGGUACGCGCUGUACGAGGUGUGCGCGAACUCGACGCCGGCGGGCGCGGGCGAGCGCGCGCUGGGCGGCAGCGAGCGCGUGGGCGACGUGCUGGCGCGCUGGGAGAAGGCCGGCGCCACCGCCGCCGCUUGCAGGCUAGUUUUCAAGAAACGGCUAUUCCUCGGCGAGCGGCCGCUGCACACGGCGUGUGCGGCCGAGAUGGAGCUGCUCUACUACCAAGUGCUGCACUCUAUACGGCACGAUCGCCUGCCCAUCGAGACUGACGAAGCUGUGAUGGUCGCGGCCCUCCACGCGCAAGUGGUGGGCGGCGAGUGCGCGGGCGGCGGCGAGGAGUGCGCGGCGGCGGCGGCGGCGGUGCUGCCCGCGCGCCUGGCGCUGCCCGCGCCCGCCGUGCGGCUGCACCACCUGGCGCUGCGCGGCACGCCGCCGCACGCCGCCAUGCAGCGCGCGCUCACGCUCGCCAGCUCCUGGCCGCUCACCAGGGCCACCAUCUUUGACGUUAUGCAAUCGUUCACCUCGAACUGGCCCCGCGCGCUGUGGCUGGCGGUGGACGCGCGCGGGCUGACGCUGCUGCGGCGCGGGUCGCGCGCGGCGCUGGUGUCGCACGACCACGACCAGCUGCUGGCCGUGUCGCCCGCGCCGCGCGCGCUGCUGCUCGUCACGCGCGCCGAGCGCAAGCACGCCAAGCUCGUGCUCUCCACCGACCAGGCGUACCAGAUAGCCACGCUGAUCAAGGACUACAUCGAGGCCGUGCGCGGGCCCGUGUCGCCCGCCGUGGCGCCGCCCGCCGACCCGUGCGGCGCCGCGGCCGCGCGCGCGCCCGCCGCCUCGUGACACCCGCCCGCCUAGUGCCAGUGCUUCCACGUCCGGCAGUGAACGAGCCGUUGGCGGCGCGCCACACUCACUGGCCGCUAGUAAACCUUAUACCCUUGCAAUAAGGUUUACUCACGAUCAGUUAUGUGCCGAUGGUUGAGAAGCGAAGCGGCGAUUUCGCUGACCGAUUGAGAACCUUAUCCUGCUGCGAUAAGGUUUUCGAAUGGUCAGUUAGUGUCGACGCCGGUCCGGGCGGGUUGCGGUUUGGCUGACCGUUGAUAUAGUUUUACCGCUUAUACAUUGAUGUUUCUCUGUCUUUUUGAUGAAGCAUCAGGCUGGGAAUUUAAUUGAACGAGGGUCUAUAGAUCGUGUCAUUCACGAAGACGCGUACUUUGACCGUAUUGUCAUUUUAUUAUAGGUUAGAUUUGACAAAUCUGCGCGUCAUCGUGGAUGACACGAACUAUAGAUUGAGACCUAAACAAUCAUAACAAUUUAUUUAAAAAAUAUUGGCGUGUCUUGUGUAAAUAUAGCGUCUUCGAGGGACUAAUAAGACCGAGGAAUAUUCUUGAUGUAAUUUAUAUCUGUGGUUCUACUGUGCACGAUCUUUUAAAAGAAGUUGAAGUAAAAUUUUGUUUUCGAAAGGUAAAUUAUGAGCUUCCGAUUUGCGUCAUAAUGUCUUCCGUUAGUUACCGUGUUAUUCGAAUAUCGAUUUUAUAUUCGGCAGCCAAACCUUACAAACCCCAACUUAGCACUAGAUUUUAUGUAAAGUAGCUAAGUCGGUAACUACUCCUCGUGUAAUGGUCGUUAGUUAAUAUAAAAGAUUAAACCAGACUAGGAGUAGUUUCGCCCGUCAGGCCCGGAAAUGUUAAGCCAUGACGGAGAAGUAAAUGUCGAACUCGCACGUGAACGAUAAAGAAAAGUAAACCUUAUUGCUAUAGCAGAAGGUUUAAAUUACGACAAGUAUGAUCCUGAAAAAGUUUACUAUGUUGGCAUAAUGCAAAGCUUUAUUUAAUAUUUAUCUAAAAGCAUAUCAACGAGACAGUGUAAAAUCCGCAUUUACUUCAGAUCACAGCAGGCAGGUACAGUGGUGUUCGGUUUUGAGUGUCAGGAUGGACGAUUUCAGUUACCAGAAGACGGGGAAGCAAACAAAAUUAAUCAUAGUAUACAGUAAUCUGAAACUAUAUAACUGUAAAUUUACCCCCAUUUACUUUUAAGGUGACAUACUGACUAAUCUAGAACUCCGUGACAAAGAGUGCGGGUAAAUUAACAGAUAAUACGUAUCUUAGUAGUAAAUAGCUCAGAAAAUUCAAUCCGCUAAAUAAAAUAGAAGUAAUAUUCCACUUUUAUCCAUUUCCUAACAUAAAACUGCCAGUAUAGUGCUGUUAAAAUUAAAGGUGUUACAAAUUAAUGUUGCAGUUUAGACUUAUUGAGUGUUAAAAAUUAUAUUCAAAAGUUAAUAGAUAGCGUAAAGUUAAUCUAAUCUAUCCCUUCUCUGUGGUUAACUGUAAGCAGCUCGUAUCGACAUUUUACCCUUAAGCUAAGGUACUUAUAUUGUGCAUUUUGUGACCUAGUAAAAUAUACAUUUAAAUGAAUGAAAUUACUCAUUGAUAUAGUUGCUCACGUAACGAUAACGGCGCUACGAUUUUACUCAAUUUUCUAAUCGUUAUGCGCCUCUCAAUAGUAUAUAAGAUUAGAUGUUAUGUGGCCACGAAAUGUACUCCAUAAGUAAAUGUAUUCACCGACAUUGGUUAGCAGAAUAACAUACAAAUAGGUUACUAACUUAAAAUUCCUAAUGGAAUGAAAUAUAGCUAUAACUAUUAACUUAAAUUCUAGCUAAUCAAUGGUGUUUUAAAUAAACGUAACAUCAUGUAAGAUAAGUAAAUGUUGAUGCUAGCUAGUGUAACCUUCCUAAUGUAAUCCUCCUCCAACAGAAUCCUCCUAUAAGAAACAUAUAAAGGUAUAUUUAAAAUAUAAAUAACGAUAGUUUCUCACCUUCUCAUAUCAUCACUCGUAAUAUGAUUGCAUACUUCUUUAGAUCGACCUAGGUAGCUAUAGUAGGUACUAGGUAUCCUCUAUAAUUGCCCCCCGCGUAUAACAAAUGCAAUUUUAAUUUUUCAAAAUGAAGAUUUAAAUUACAAUGGAAGGAGAGACCUUUUUAUACGCCUCUGAGCGGCUAUAGGAUCAUCUAUUCAUUUCUGAAUUUCUACGAAUAUUCUUCUUCACUUGAUAUUGAUAACUGAAAUCUUUUCUAUUUCUGCAUUUAAAAAUCUAUGUAGAAUUUAUCUUAUAUAUUUAUGUGGCGGUAUGACAAAAUUGCGCCCACAAUUGAAUCAGCCAGUAUUUCAUGCCUAUCUUAGAAAUCCAACGCGAAUUUCCGCAACAUAGUAGUGGCUACAUUAUCACGAUAAGGAUUUAAAAAACCCACCUUUCUCAAUUAUAAAGAAUUAUUCAUACACCUAAUGUUUCAUUGUAUAAUUUGCAGCCCAACUAUUGUGAUAGCGUUAAAAUUUCUUGACGUUGAUUUACAGUGUAAAAAUUGGGUAUAAUAUAUAUUUGCAUAAAUCUCCCGAUAUCUUGUGUUGUGCCUUGAACAAGCAAGAAUAAUGAUGCUAAUAUCACCCUAGAUUCUGAAAUCAGAGGUUCAUGAUGUCAGUAGCCAUUAUUCUUAGCGUCUUAUAUUCAGUGAGCGACUUGUGCAAAUUUAUUGUGACUGCGAGAUAAUUACUUAUUGUUUACAAAUUAUAUAGCAUCAUCUAUCAUAUACUAUACUAAUAUGCACAAUGUUAUAAAUCAAUAUUUUAUGGUUAUACAUAAUAUAGAUAUAAUUAUGCAUUUCAAUGAGUAACCUUAGGGUAACAUAGCUUACGCCCUAUACUCUCCUCUAGUUGAGUCCUUCAUAUUAUAGAAGUUAAUCUCAACAAUGUGACUCAAUGCUUGCACCUAUGUUGACUGUUUAUCAGUUUUGUGCUGGUUUGCUUACUUGUGUUUCUGAUCUCAUAACGAGUAUUAUUUAUUUAGAGGCCAUAUUGCGUUGUAAUUAAUAGUUAUUUUUUUAAGAUUUAUUUAUUGAGAUUAAUGUACAUAUUUUCGAGAAACAAGUAAACCAAAGAUUUUGAAUCAUCCCUUUCGAUGUUUUUACUUUUGACAAAUUUAAUUACAUUUUGUAUAUAAAAUUAUCAUUAGAAUGAUAAUCUAUAUGACGUAAAGUUCUCUUUACAUUAUAGGAGAUAUUUAAAGCACUAGGGCUAAUGCAACAUUUGGCAUUCAACAAAAUACUCUUAGCUUCCGCUUGUAAUAUUCACUACAAUUGUUUCUGCAUGCAUCAGUUUCAUGCUUUGUAUUUAUCGGAUAUAUUAAAGUACUACAUUGUAAUGUUCAGUGCUGUUAGUGAUGACAAUAUUUCGUGACAGACUUGUUUCUUUAUAGGUUUAAGAUUCUAAUUAUAGAACUAACUUGACCCAUAGGUUUUGCGUGACUACCGCAUUGUACUGCCCGAAUAGACUGAAGUGUCCAAAUAUUUCCUUUUUUGACAUUUGAUAAAUUGUUUUGUUACAUUAUGUAUGGUAUUUUACCCCAUGAUUUGAAUGCCAAAUAAAUAAUAAUUAAUA